AUGUUCUACUCUUUUUUUAUUUUCUGCUUCUUACAUAUUCCCAAUUUUGUGUCUGCGGUUAUGACUGUAAAUAUCAGUCUGUGCUUUUACAAAAUCCCUGAAGAUUUUCACCAUGAAGGAGAUGUUGUAAUAGGUGCAUUUUUUCCUAUUCAUACUUACUACUCUCCAAACAAAGUUCCACAUCCAUCAUUACCAUACCAAUAUAUGGACAAUUAUUUACAAUAUAAUUUUAAGAACUACCAGUAUAUCCUGGCUUUGUUGUUUGCUAUUGAAGAGAUCAACGAUAACCCCAAUCUUUUACCUAAUGUAUCUCUUGGAUUUGAUUUCUACAAUGUCAGAUUCACUGAGAAGGAAACUCUUAUGAAUGUCUGUUUUUGGCUCACUGAUCAAGGGCUGAAAAAGAUUUUACCAAAUUACAAUUGUGCCAAUAGUAAUGUUACUGCUGCCCUCACAGGAACAUCAUGGACAACAUCUGCCCAAAUUGGAACAUUACUUCAACUCUUUAAAUUUCCUCAGCUUUCUUUUGGACCCUAUGAUCCCAUUUUGAGUGACCAUGGUCAAUAUUCUUCUCUCUAUCAGAUGUCCCCCAAGUACUCAUCAAUUUCACUUGGCAUUGUAUCUUUGAUGGUUCAUUUUAGGUGGUCCUGGGUUGGUCUCAUCCUCCCAGAUGACCACAAAGGGUAUAUAAUUUUAUCAGAGCUCAGAGAUGAUAUGGAGAGAAAAGGAGUCUGCAUAGCUUUUGUGAAAAUGAUCCCUCUCACAUGGACUUCAUAUUAUACCAAAUUCUGGGAAAAUAUGGAUAAGACAAAUGUCAUAAUUAUUUAUGGUGAUGUUGAUUCCCUCACAAGUCUAAUGCGAAAUAUUGGGCAAAGAUUGUUGACAGGAAAAGUCUGGGUCAUGAAUAUUGAACCUCAUAUUACUGACUAUGCUGACUAUUUCAUGCUUGACUCAUUCCAUGGUAGCCUAAUUUUUACACACAAUUAUAGAGAGAGUUUUGAGCUUACUAAGUUUAUUCAAACAGUUAAUCCUUACAAAUACCCUGAAGACAUUUACCUUCCUAAGUUAUGGCAUUUGUUCUUCAAGUGCUCAUUUUCUGAUAUUGAUUGUCAACUAUUGGCUAACUGUCAAUCCAAUGCUUCUCUGGAUGUGUUACCUAGUCAUAUAUUGGACAUGACAAUCAGUGAAGAAAGCUAUAAUAUCUACAAUGCUGUAUAUGCUGUGGCUCACAGUCUGCAUCAGAUGAGUCUUCAACAAGUAGAAAAACAAGCAGAUGAAAAUGGGGAAGCAAUGGCCUUCUUCCCCUGGCAGCUUAACAUUCUCCUGAAGGACAUUAAUGAGAGAGGCAACAUAAGUUUAGAUUGGAGACAUAAAUUAAAUGCAGAAUAUGAUAUUCUUAACUUGUGGAAUUUACCAAAGGGUCUUGGACAAAAGGUGAAAAUAGGAUCAUUUUCAGCAAAUGCUCCUGAGGGCCAGCAGUUGUCCUUAUCUGAGCAGAUGAUACAAUGGGCAGGAGGAUUUUUAGAGAUCCCUCAGUCUGUGUGCAGUGAGAGUUGUAGGCCUGGAUUCAGGAAAGUAACCCUGGAGGGCAAGGCCAUCUGCUGCUACAAUUGCACUCCUUGUGCAGACAAUGAGAUUUCUAAUGAGACAGAUGUGGAUCAGUGUGUAAAGUGUCCAGAGAGUCAUUAUGCAAAUACAGAGAAGAACCACUGCUUCCAGAAAACUGUGAGCUUUCUGACGUAUGAAGAGCCCUUGGGGAUGACACUGGCCAGCAUAGCUCUGUGCUUAUCUGUACUCACAACCUUUGUAAUUGGGGUCUUUGUGAAAUACAGAGACACACCCAUUGUGAAAGCCAAUAAUCGAGGUCUCAGUUACACUUUGCUCAUCACAAUCACCUUCUGUUUACUCUGUUCUUUGAAUUUCAUUGGUCAACCUAAUGCAGCUUCCUGCAUUCUUCAGCAGACCAUAUUUGGAGUUGCAUUCACUGUGGCUCUAGCUACCGUGUUGGCCAAAGCUAUUACUGUGGUCAUUGCCUUCAAGGCCACCUUUCCAGGGAGAAUGGUGAGGUGGUUAAUGACAUCAAGAGCUCCAAACUAUAUAAUUCCUCUUUUUACCUUGAUUCAACUUCUUCUUUGUGGAAUAUGGAUGGCAACAUCUCCUCCAUUCAUUGACCAAGAUGUUCAUGCUGAACAUAGACAAAUCCUACUUUUUUGCAACAAGGGAUCAUCUGUUGCCUUCCACUGUGUUCUGGGAUACCUCUGCUCCUUGGCUCUUGGGGGUUACACCAUGGCAUUCCUAUCUCGAAAUCUGCCUGAUACAUUCAAUGAAUCCAAAUUUCUGUCAUUCAGCAUGCUUGUGUUCUUCUGUGUCUGGGUCACCUAUCUUCCUGUCUACCACAGCACUAAAGGAAAGGUCAUGGUGGCUAUGGAAGUAUUCUCUAUCUUGGCUUCCAGUGCAGCCCUCCUUGGCUUCAUAUUUGCUCCUAAGUGUUACAUUAUUUUGUUUAGACCAGAUAGGAAUUCAUUUCAUCAUAUCAGGGAAAAAACACAUUCUGGAAGGAAUAAGUCUCUUAAAAUUCAGUUGAAAAAAUAA